UUUCGAAAAACAAAGUGAUGCUAGUGCCGAUCGGAAAGGAGAGGGUUGUCAGGGGAGGCGACCAGACAUUAUGUUUGUGAUGAAGCACAAUGAGAAAAUUCACGAACUUCUUUACGUUGAGUGCUCUCGCAUCUCUUGUACCAGACAAAAAUCUCAAGAUGACGAGGUAAAGUUAUGGAGGGAGGUUAAUGAUGGGAUGUAUUAUGCAUUAAGCCUGCUAAAAACUGGAAAGGAACCCUUCUUUUCGACGUCCUUUCCAAACUUGGAUCGUGCUCUGGGUGGCGGAAUACCAUGUUCGUCCUUGACCGAAUUGGUGGGGCCAUCCAACUCUGGUAAAACUCAAUUCUGUCUGGCACUAUCUAUACUCGCCACAUUGCCUAUCAGCAUGAACGGACUAGACGGUGGAGUAUGCUACAUCGAUACACAAGGGACUUUCAGAGCCGAAAGGCUAAUAGAAAUAGCGCAGAAUAAGUUUUCACAUAUAUUCGGUGUCGAAAAUAUGCAAUGGGAGUUAAAUUUAAAGAACAUGACCGAUUCUAUUCACACCAUGAAGGGUCUGCGGCAAAACUUUUGCAUCGCGCACAGUACAAUACAACGAAGUUUUUCGACUCAACUUGGACCCGUGAUGAAAGAUAUCAUUCAAGAGUUGUAUAUCAAAGAACUCAAGGGUUAUAAACCGCACCCUCAGAAACCUGGUGCUGAGCUCGGCAAUGUCAAAGACCUUCGCCUACCACCCGCUCCCCAGCCUCCUAGUGUGGACGGAAACAUUGAAUCAGAAUUAGCAGCUUAUGAGACGGAAGAAUUACCGGGAGAAGAAGAAGCCGCUUUCGAGUCAUUAUUAGAAGAACAAUUUCUAAAGGAUGAUGUGGGGGAGGUUUCUCACGCUUCUGCGCAUUGA